AUGGCAAUAGGUGUUGCUGAAAACGUAUUAGCUACAGCUGGUACUAUAUGUUGGUGUAUUCAGCUAAUUCCUCAAAUCAUUAGAAACUAUAGAGUUAAAGACUGUGAAGGAUUCACUCCACUAAUGAUGUUCUUGUGGGCAGCAAGUGGAAUUCCAUUUUCGAUUUACUUUUUUGGUACUGAUGGAUCCAUUCCAUUGAGAAUUCAACCACAGUUAUUUACAUUUCUCUGUACAGUAGCAUGGAUCCAGUCACUAUAUUAUCCACCCGUUAAAAUGCCGUUGAAGAAAAUCGCUGUAUAUGGUGCUUCGUUUGCAAUCAUUGGUGCAGCGCUAGAGGCAGGUUUUAUUGUUUGGUUACGUCCUGUGUAUCGUCACGGUACUCACUGGCCCAUGUUAAUUUUUGGCAUCAUUGCUUCGAUUUUGUUAGCUGUAGGGCUAGUCCCACCUUACUUUGAAUUGGCUAAGAGAAAAGGCAGGGUUAUUGGGAUUAAUUUCGUAUUUUUGAGUAUGGACUCAAUGGGUGCAUUAUUGUCCAUGCUCAGCAUUUGUGUAGGGACAUUUGAUAUUAUGAGUAUGGUCUUGUACGCAAUUGUCUUAGCCAUGGAAGUAGGCAUCUUUUUGUCUCACAUCAUCUGGUACUUCAGAUUCGGUAGACAUGAAAAGAAGCUUGAAAAGGAGCUUGAAAAUGGUUUGGAGAAACCUAAAGUUGAUGAAAGUAUCGCGUAG